AUGAUCUGUGUUGCUGCCAGUACUUCCAACCCAUCCGAGAGCAUCACCUUAGCUGGCUUCUCGAACGCUGGCUCGGUUACAAAGGUUGCCGCUCCUGGUGUAAACAUCUACUCGACGAUUCCUGUUAACACUUAUGGUUAUAAGAGUGGCACAUCGAUGUCGACCCCUACAGUUGCCGGUGUCGCCGCCUUACUCGCUACACUUGGUCUAGUGGGUGAGGACAUCACCAAUGCUAUUGUUGCAUCUAGGAAAAUUGGUGUACCCAAUCAGUUCAAUCUACCCGACAUCGGGGAACUAGACGCACUCAAUGCAACCCAUAUUGCCAUCGAUUCCAUCCGUCGGAUGGCAUCCGAGGCUACUGAAGCCCCUUGA